CGCGCUGCGACCCUGCAGGCGUCCCGCAAAGUAGGCCCCGCUCCCGAGCGCUUGCUGACUGCACGCCGCGGUGCGUGGUGAAUGCCUUACCUCGCGCGAGCCACAAGCUGCUCUGCUGAGAGCGAGGAUGAAACAGUUGCCUGCAGCGACAGUCCGCCUCCUGUCCAGUUCUCAGAUAAUCACGUCGGUGGUCAGUGUCGUGAAAGAGCUCAUUGAAAACUCCUUGGAUGCUGGAGCCACCAGCGUGGAAGUUAAACUGGAGAACUAUGGGUUUGACAAAAUCGAGGUUCGGGACAAUGGUGAAGGCAUCAAGGCUAUGGAUGUACCUGUGAUGGCAGUGAAGUACUACACCUCGAAGAUAAACAGUCACGAAGACCUGGAGAAUCUGACAACCUAUGGUUUUCGGGGUGAAGCCUUGGGGUCAAUUUGUAAUGUUGCAGAGGUGGUAGUCACAACAAGGACAGCUGAUGAUGACUUUAGCACCCAGUAUGUUUUAGAUGGCAGUGGCCACAUACUUUCUCAGAAGCCUUCACAUCUUGGUCAAGGUACUACUGUAACUGCUCUGAAGUUGUUUAAGAAUCUCCCUGUGAGAAAGCAAUUUUACUCAACUGCUAAAAAGUGUAAAGAUGAGCUAAAAAAUGUACAGGAUCUCCUCAUAAGCUAUGGUGUCCUUAAACCUGGCACAAGGAUUGUUUUUGUACAUAAUAAGGCAGUUAUUUGGCAGAAAAGUAGAGUACCAGAUCACAGGAUGGCUCUCAUGUCGGUUCUGGGAACUGCUGUGAUGGGCAACAUGAUGUCUGUUCAGCACCACUGUGAAGAAUCUCAGAUUUACCUAAGUGGAUUCUUUCCAAAGCUUGAUGCAGACCACAGUUCCACAAGUCUUUCAACCCCAGAGAGAAGUUUCAUCUUUAUUAAUAGUCGACCAGUACAUCAGAAAGAUGUAUUAAAGCUAAUUCGACGUUAUUAUAAUCUGAAGUGCCUAAAGGAAUCUACUCGGUUGUAUCCCAUUUUCUUUCUGAAAAUUGAUGUUCCUUCAGCUGAGCUGGAUGUAAAUCUAACACCAGAUAAAAGUCAAGUAUUAUUACAGAAUAAGGAAUCCGUUUUAAUUGCUCUUGAAAAUCUGAUGAUGACCUGCUAUGGACCACUACCAAGUACAGAGUCUUGUGAAAAUAACAAAGUAGAUGUUUCCUCAGCCAACAUGGCCGCUUGUGAAACAGCAGAAACAGAUGUGCUCUUAAAUAAAAUGGAACCAUCAGGAAAUAAUUAUCCAAAUGCUGACACUUCAGCUGUUCACUUCCAAAAUGAUGAAUCUAGAAAAGACAGUAAUCAUUAUUCAAAUCAACAGAUAAAUGUAAAUGACCACAGUGGUGGUCAUUUUAGUAGUGAGCACUCUGGCAUUAAUAAGGACACUAGAAGUACAUUUCAAAAUAUCCCCAUGAAUAAUUUAUCAUCAGAGGAUGUCCAGAGUAAAUAUAGUAAGACUAACCUUGCAGGUUCCAAUGAGCAUAUCCAAGGAGAAAAUGGCAGGAACAGGACAGAAGAACGUGGGGGAGAUGGGGGAGAAGCAUUUCCUGAGAAAUCUCUGGAGAUCUGUUCAGAUGACUGGAGCAAGGGAAAUGUGUUUAAUGCGAUUGGAGAGAAUAUAGAACCUGUGAAAAUUUUAGUGCCACAGGAAAGUUUAGCAUGUAAAGUUAGCAAUGAUAGUCACCCAGCCCUUAGCCCAAAGGAUCUCAGUGAUGGUCCUUGUAGCAAAACAUCCAAUGUGAUAGAUAACAAAUCUGGACAGCUUACAGCCUAUGACUUAAUUAGCAACCGAGCAGUCCGGAAGCCCAUGUCAGCGAGUGCCCUGUUUAUUCAGGACCAUCGCACUCAGUUCCUCGCAGAAAAUCCCAAGACAGGUUUGGAGGCUGCAACAGCUCAAGCUGAGGCACUGUGGGAGACACUGAGUGAAGAGGAAAAACUCAAAUAUGAAGAAAAGGCUAAAAAAGACUUGGAACGAUACAAUAAUCAAAUGAAGAAAGCUAUUGAACAGGAGCCACAAGUAUCAUUAAAAGAUGGCCGGAAAAAGAUAAAGGCCACCAGUGCAUGGGGCUUGACACAAAAACACAAAUUGAAAACCUCAUUAUCUAAUCAGCCGAAACUUGAUGAGCUCUUUCAGUCCCAGAAUGAAAAAAAGAAGAGUGAAAAUAUUAAAAUAGCAGAGGUCCCCUUUUCUAUGGAAAACUUAAAAGCAAAUUUUAAGAAACAAAAGAAAGUUGACUUAGAAGAGAAGGAUGAGAUCUGCCUGAUCCACAGUCUCAAGUUUCCCGAUGCAUGGCUGGUCGCGUCCGGAACAGAUGUCAUGUUACUGAACCCAUACAGAGUGGAGGAAGCACUGCUAUUUAAGAGACUUCUUGAGAAUCAUAAGCUGCCUGCAGAGCCACUGGAAAAUCCAAUUAUAUUAACAGAGAGUCUUUUUAAUGGGUCUCAUUAUUUAGAGGUGUUACGUAAAAUGUCAACAGCUGAGCAGAGAUGCAGUGGACCAACUUACCUGAGUGACCCUCGUCUUACAGCAAAUGGCUUCAAUAUCAGACUGAUACCAGGAGUUUCCAGUACUGAAAACUACUUGGAAAUAGAAGGCAUGGCUAAGUGUCUGCCCUUCUAUGGCGUGAUGGAUUUAAAGGAAAUUCUUAAUGCCAUAAUGGACAGAAAUGCGAAGGAGCUCUCUGAGUGCAGACCUCGGAAGGUGACGAGUUAUCUGGAGGGAGAAGCAGUCCGUCUGUCAAGACAGCUACCCAUGUACUUACCAAGAGAGGACAUCCAAGACCUUAUCUAUACAAUGAAGCGCCAGUUUGGAGAUGAAGUUAAAGGAUGUGUUCAUGGCCGCCCAUUUUUUCACCAUUUAACCCAUCUUCCAGAAACUUCAUGAUUAAGCUUAUGACAAUUAGUUACUGUUGAAAUUAGUUUUUAAACCAUUUUUGUAUUACCGUGUAUCAAAAUGAUUAUUU